GACUAGUGCGGUUCUCAAAGUCGGUGACUGAUAUAGCUACGCGAUAGUUAGCCGUAAAUUUCGUGGUAUAACUUGAACUUGUUUUUGGUGAUUCGCGGGAAAUUCUCUAGGUUUUGUACGUUGCAAAGAAGGACGAACCGAUAUUUACAAUUAAUUGUUCUGAUAGAUACAGUGCUUUUCGCAAUGGAGAUUUAGUGCUAUGCGUCAACAGUGCCGUGCCGGUGGCGGUUGAAGUGUGUUUCAGCAGGAAACAUUUUCAGUCUCAGUAAUCUAAUAAUACCAGAACUAAUCGGACGUUACGUUGGGACUUUCCCACUGCACUCUCCCGUCGCCUGCUGAGUGUUGUGGAAUCAGUGGAAAUGUGAAACAGAAAUAGGAUAAAUCAUUUCGACGAGCAAAUAUUGUGCGAGCGUGUGUAUGCGAUAAUCACUUUAGAGCAACAAGUGUGCAUUUAUUUGUGUAUCGAACGGGCUAGACCGAGACCGAGACGCGCCGCACCGUUCCGGGGGCGACUGGCGGCGCCAGUUUAGUUGCCAGGGUUGUGCGCGGCGACCACGUGGAACUGUGGCUCUGUAUUGUAUAGGAGUAGCAGUACAGUUUGAUGAACAUACCAUCCUGCCGCCGACGGCAAAAUCAUGACGUCCUCCGGUUAUGUGGCCAGUGUGAAUGCAUUGAACACGCUCGACAAACUACCCAGCUCGCCACUUACCCCUCUGCCGUUACCCUCGCCAUCGACGGGGUUGCUUCUGGACGUGCUGAAUGUCACCUCCUCUACGGUGGCCAUUGCGUCACCCAGUCAAACACCAACCCUAGUCACGCCUGCUAUCACGGAUGGUUCCACCGAUGGAGCGGAGGAGUUCGUUGUGCUGCCAGGGCCAGAGGACGUGUUGCUUUUCAACAGUACCAAUGGUCUCUACCAGCAAUCGGUGACGCUAACCGCCCGGAUGUAUCCGAUUGAGGCCACGGCGGCGAAGUCAAUCUGGGGCUUACCGACGCUGAUCUGGGCUGUCCUAAUUGGAACCAUUGUGAUACUGAUCGUAAUCCUAGCGACACUUUUCUUCUGCUGUUGGCUUCAGCCGCGGACGCGCAAACUGCUCGGAUCCAACUACUAUACCGGAAGCGGUGUUUCUCACAAUUCAGUUGUGCCGAAAUCGCAAACCAGUGACUCGAACCAGCUAGUAAUGCCCUUGUCCAUCGGGAUAUGUCCACCACAGUACAGUGCACCUCCUCCCCCGACCAGCAGUAAUAGCGGAACCAAUCAUACGAAUUCACAAAGUUGCCAAACCUCAUCCUGUGCGAUUCCAUGCCAUACAACCGGCGGCGUUAAGAAUAGCUCCAACUCAGCGGCAGCCGGGCAUCACAGUAAAUACAGCAGCUCGCCUCAGUACGCUCAUCAGUAUCAUCAACAGCAACAGUUUCAACAUCAUCAUCAAUGCAUUCAUCAUCAGCAGCAACAGCAACAGCAGCAGCAACAACAACAACAUCAACAGCAACAGUAUCAUGCGCAUUAUGCACAACUGCAACAUCAGCAGUGUAACCAAUAUCCGCAACCUCAACAACAAACCUAUCAGCAGUAUUACAAUCAGCAACAACAACAGCAUCAACAGCAGCAACAACAACAACAGCAGCAACAGCAAAUGCAACAUCAGCAUUCACAAAUGACUCAGUACAUGCAUCCUGCUCAACAACAGGCCCUUCAACAGCAACAGCAGCAGCAGCAACAACAAAGAGAGCAUCAAAUUCAGCAGCAGCAUCACUACCACCAACAGCAUCAUCACCAGCAGAACCAAUUGGUGCAUCACAAAUCCAUGUGGGCCAUUAAUCCACUGUACGCUUCCAGCGGGGUGAUUAACGAUGGCGGUUCCGGUGCCGGAAGAAGUGGCGCUGGUGGUACGGGAGGACAUCGCGACAAUGAUGACGAUGCGGUCGGAAGUACCUCCUACCGGACCCGAUCGUUGCCUUCCUGGGGCAAAAACAAACAGCGGCCGCUAUCUAAUGCUGACGACCUGGAGGAACUGUAUGCAAAGGUGAAUUUUAGCAAAAAGCGACGCAAUCGAAUGCGUAACGACGAAGCGGCCAUCAUCGCGCUCUGUCGGUCGCGUUCUCAAAACCUUUCCUCACUUCCGCUAGCUGAUCAGGACGCUGUCGUAGUCUACGACGAGCGAACAGCGCUUUAGACGUAGACCCGUAUAAGUGAGGGAACUUGCCAGCGAGCGGUUACAGUUUUCUGUUUGUAACCACCGAAAGCCCACUACGCGUAGUUCGAUGGGAGCACCAUUAUGCCAAUUUUCUAUUAUGUACAUUCGCUGGCGAAACAAUUUCCCUUACAAAAUUACAGUUAUUGACGCGUAAGGCGACGCAUGUGGAAAGCCGAAUUAGUGCAACGCGUUCGCAUUUCACACUAUCGAAUUUGAUAUAUAAUAUCACGCUAGAAAAUUACUAUUACUCUUCGUUAUUGUUAUUGACACAUUUCACAUGAAGCGUGACAUUUCUCCCAUCACAGAAAAAAAUGGUAAACUAAACAAUCUUCAUUUUCACUACAAUAGUAAAAAUUCGUGAAAAUUUUCGAGCAUGAUCGUUAGUCGUUGAACAAUCCCUUUCCCGAUGUAAAACAAAACCAAAAGUAUCAUCAUAAAACCGAGAGAAUGUAGAUGUUGUUAUUUACGAAUUAAAUUGAACCUAUUUCGAUUACUGUGUAAGAAAAAAACGUAUGCAAAGACUGAUAGAUUUCCUCUGUGAAGAUCGUAAAGCUACACUAUCAUUGUAAAACAAAACAAAAAAAAUCGAAAGAAAACUAACUUUUCACAUUUGAGCUACCCACAUAGAGAUGCAGCGGAGAACGUAACCGAUAACCGACUUUUUACUAUAAUCUCAAGAGUAAAACUUUUUAAUAAACCUGAUACAUCAUUAAGAUUGCCAACCAACCAAGAAGCGUUAGACCCUAGUGCUCUAAACAGGCAAGGAAUAAAGGAUAUAUCGCGAAAAAAACUCAUCUAUGUUCCUGCAAUGGCGCAUUUUGUAAACCUAUCCUUUAGAGAGCAUGACCAUUCGUGAGUUUAGUGAGUUCCAAACCGACCAUGCAUGCAUAUUUCGAAUAGGAGAAUUCGCAAUCAGCUUUUCUUCGGUUCCAUCGCGACAGUUGAGUUGUAGGGAUUUGAAAUUGGAGCGUACAUAAUAUAUCUUCGAGUUUUAAACCGAAUCUGAGCCUAUCAUCUACAAACUAUAUACAUAUUGAUUGAAUGGUGAAAACCUAAAAGAGCAAAAACACAGGAACCGAAAUGAGAAGUCUACUGUAUAGAUCGUACACAUUUGCCGGGCAAAAGCAACUUAAAGGAAAAGGUUUUAUUCGUUGGAAAACUAGCUAUGUUGAAAACCAGUUGUGAAACGAAAUAUGUAUUUGAUUAAAGCAGAAUGUAGGGCUCAGAGCGCAUUUUCGUAAACAAAAACAACUAGGAGAAAUUAGAUAAUGAAGAGGGUAGCGUUGUUUGUACAUGAAUUCGGAGAAAAAAAAACUAGAGGAAUAAUGACUUAAAUC